CGCUUUCUGCGUCGACCCGUACGACAGCGACGGAUAGCUUCGGCGUAGAUUGUAGCAGUGACGUACGUAUGGAAGAUCAAGAGCGCCCUGCGGAUACUGUUCAGCAUGGUGGCAGUCCCUGUAAUAUUCAAUGCAACCACGAUGCGGACGCCAGCACGUCUGAACCUUGGGCUGUUUCUAAACUGCCACAUGGCAGCCACUCAGAGGCAAGUGUGAACACAGGUGCGCUAUUGACCAGGGAAACCAUCACUUAUGAGUGACACACCCUCAUCUUCCCCCGUAGAUCCCCGUCAUCCAGUGUCAUCGCAUCGCUCGUCGCUCCUGUUGACUGACGGCGGACGUGAAAACACUCCGGCUGACAGCCAGCAUACACAAGAGGAAGAAGAUGUUCUGCAAUCACUCCUCCCGACAACGCCAGCUACGGCAAUGAUGUCCCCUGCGUCAGUCCCUUCGCUCAUACUGCCAUCGAUGACAGCGUCCAGGUGCCCCUCUGUGGUACCACACAGUGGUGCUGUGAGAGACCUUUCGCAGCAAGCUGAAAAGCUGGAAGUAUCGUCUGUGCUUCCUGAAAGUGAUCCGGCCCCAGACAUUCCCGAUCCCUAUUCGGUAGUUCAGUCAGCGCCGUCGAGCGGGGAACCAUCGUCAUCGCUGUCCUCCACUUCUUCAACACAUGCCCCACUUUCCACACCUCCUUCACCUUUGACACCUAUCACAGCCAACAGAGAGCCAUCGGAAGCCGAAAGUCUACAAGACGACACGCCACUCUUAGACUACGUUGCCAAGCACUCUCGUGACUUGACCUUGAGCCGAAAGUGCGGUGGCCCGUCGGCUCCGCUAUCGGAGUUGAUGCAAUUGGCGCGGCGCGAAUCGCCAGCGAACUAUUUGAAAGGUUCCAAGGGGAGGAAGCGAAGACGAGGUAGCCAGCAGGGAACACGGGACGAGGACGUCACUAACAGCACCCACCCAUCUUCAUCCCAGCCUGCCGUAGGCCCUGGGAUGGAGGCUGGUAUGAUUAACAUCGCAGAUCUUGAGGGGGUAACGAUGUGUGACUCCGAACCUGUAGGGAACGCUAUUUCUCUAGCGGAGCACAGCGGGGAGCUUGUCCCUCGUGGGACAGAUUCAUUGAAAAUUAUCAUCCCUGCUAAAAAGAGAAUCAAGAUAGGAGAAACAUCGAUGGUUGAAUCGGAAGUUUCUAAAUACCAAGGUAGUUCCCCCAACGGUACUUUCAACAGGGAUAUACGCCCACGAUACGUUCUUUUGAACGGGAAAGUGGUCAGGAUGGAUUCUAAUUUGUCCCGGGACAACGGUGGUUUUGACCUGAAAUCCACUGCUAGAGCGAAGUAUCAUCCGCCUAGUGAGACGCCAGCAAGACCAAGAGGCAAGCGGAAGUCGGCAGUUCACGCGAAAGGAACGACGUCGAGACCUUCUCGAAGAAAACUGGCUGAUACGAUAACGGCGGCGGCACUGCCCGAUAUGCCUUCCCACCAGAGGACGGUCAUUUUACAGUUUUGGCCGGAAAUCAAACGAUCGUCGGACAGUUGGGAACGACAGGUGCGUUGACUAACCUCUGAGGCUGGACCUACCGUAACGUUUUUGCCAUAUAAUCAGCUCAUCCAAUGUGACAAGUACGUACCGAGAGCGACUACCGGAUUUUAGCUAAUGUUUUUGGUGCAGUUGCGACAUGUGGUAUCACUAUGGGUGCGUUGGUGUAGAAAAGGAUGACCCACGACUGGACUCGGAAGCCGCAUUCAUAUGUCCCUUAUGUUU